UGUAAGUUUAUCCUUCAAAUACAUACAAAUAUGACUAUUGUUACUCAUCAAGUGCUUUUUCUUGAACAGAAGCUGGUAAAAACAACACCUGCUAAAGAAACUCUUCAAACGGAUCCAGUAAAAAUAUCACUCAAGAAUUGCUUAGCAUGCAGUGGGUGCACCCUUCCACUUCAGGUUUCCAGGUGUGCCAUACUCUAAGAGGCGAAACAGGGUCUGGUAUGUGUACUCUUCUGAUUUCAAAGAUCAGAGAAGAGUAUCUUGACAGGAUGAUGAUGACAUUCUCGGUCUUUCCAUCUCCAAAGAAAAGACUGGCUAGCUUUAGUUGUUGUUCAUGGCUUCUUUCUUUUGCCUUCUAUUUUGGGGCUAGAUUUGGAUUUGAUAAAGCUGAUAUGAAGUGUCUUUUCAACAUGAUAAAUGAUCUCCCAACAAUCUUUGAAGUUGUGUCAAGGGCAGCUAAGAAGCAAGUGAAGUAUAAGUCAAAUGUGUCAAACCACAGCAGCAGCAAGUCAAAGUCAAACUCUAAGGAACUGCUAAAGAAAAGGAACCAAAAACCAGCUCCACCAGCUACCUCGAUGAGAACAAACGAGGAUGAACCUGAAAUCAAUAACAUCACAGUUAUACUGCAUCACAAGGAGUUGGAAUUAUCUCAGUUGAAGGAACAAAUUGAGAUGAACAAGCAAGCCUUAAAGCCUUUUUGGAUUAAAACAGUUGACUAUUGGGGUGAGGGUGAGAGUGUCGAGGUGGUUGGUAGCUUCAAUGGCUGGAAUCAUGGUGACAAAUUAGAUCUGCAACCUUCUUCAAACAUCACAGACCCUAUCGAAUUCAGAAACAGUAGGCUGUGGAGAUCCAUGUUAUGGCUUGUCGGUUGCCUGCUACCAUUUGGUGCCUUUCUCACCCGAGUGCUCAUGUACGUGCCCUUAGCACCUCUGUCUUAG